CAGCUGUACAGCAAUGAACUAAAAAUAUUAACUGAAAACAUACGAAAUGAUUCUGCAUAAACAAUGUGUAAGACUUGUACUUUUAAUGUUGUUAGUUGUGCCAAUGAUUCCGCUUACUAUUGGCUAUAAGUUGGAGAAGGACACACAACCAAUAGACGCAUCCAAUUUGGUAUUUGAUGACUGUGGCAAUUCAAUGGAGGAGAGCAAAGGUGCUAAAGAGACUUGUAAUAUUAAAGUAGUUAGCUCACAGCACAAGGCUUCAAGCAUUGCCAUUAAAGCUGCCCAAGAGGCAAAAGCCGCAUCGGAUGCACAGUUGCCAGCUGCGGAAAAUGCAGCGCAUCAAGUUAUCAUUCAGCUAGCGGACAAAGCGUUGGCUGCAGCUAAAGCAGCUGAGGCUGCUCUGGCAGGCAAACAGCAAAUCGUUGAACAAUUGGAGUCAGAGGUACGUGAGGGUGAGCUGGUUGUGCAGGAGGAGGCUGCAUCCUUGCAGAGUUCCCAAGGCAACUGCAAUGCUGCCGCACAGGCUUCCAAGCAGGCGGGAGUGCAAGUUAAGACCUUGGCUGAGGCUGUGAGGAAUGCUCAGGCAAAUGUGCACAACUCGGAUCAGGCAGCGAAUGGUGCGCAGCAAGAGUUGGUCGAGAAGCAACAGCUUGUGGAGGCAGCCAAGAAGCGAGUGGAGUUGUUGCUGCGGCAACUGGAUGUGGCACGAACCGAUUACAAGAGUACAAAGAAGGCAGCAGAGCACGCUGCCUGUGCCGCUCAAGAAGCCAAGCAGCGUGCAACUCGAGAGCGUCGCAUGACUGAAAUUCGCGCAAAGCUGCAACGUCGUCAUAUGCUACACUAAGCUGCUUUAAAAGUUAUAUUUUAUUACAA